GUGCUUCCGCCCAGCGAUACAUUCUCAACCCCCUGAUCCUUUCGAUCUGCUCAGAACCUUGAUUUUAGGCUCGAGCCCAUCGCUGCUUCUAGGACUGUCGUCUCAUCAGUCCUGUUUUACGCCGAAUCCCCGUCGCUGAAAAUCAGAUCGCAACCCCGCCAAAAUGUCGUUAACAAAUUGCCGUUUCUACGAGGAGAAGUACCCUGAGGUGGACAGCUAUGUCAUGGUCAAUGUCAAGCAGAUCGCCGAGAUGGGCGCAUACGUGAAGCUGCUCGAGUACGACAACAUCGACGGCAUGAUCCUGCUCUCCGAACUGUCCAGAAGACGUAUUCGCAGUAUCCAAAAGCUCAUCCGUAUCGGCCGUAACGAGGUUGUCAUCGUGCUCCGUGUUGACAAGGAGAAGGGUUACAUCGAUCUGUCGAAGCGUCGUGUCUCUCCCGAGGAUGUCGUGAAGUGUGAGGAGCGUUACAACAAGAGCAAGGCGGUGCACUCUAUCUUGCGCCACGUCGCCGAGGCAGCUCAGACUCCUCUCGAAACCCUAUACCAGCAGAUUGCCUGGCCCCUGGACAAGAAAUACGGUCACUCCCACGACGCAUUCAAGAUCUCCAUCUCCAACCCCGAGGUGUGGAACGACAUCGAGUUCCCUAGCGAACCCGUGAAGAAGGAGCUCCAGCUUUACAUCAGCAAGAAGCUCACCCCCGCCCCCACUAAGGUUCGUGCCGAUAUUGAAGUCACUUGCUUCAGCUACGAAGGUAUCGAUGCCGUCAAGACCGCCCUGCGCACCGCCGAGGCCGAGAACACCCCCGAGAACCAGAUCAAGGUUAAGCUGGUCGCCCCUCCUCUGUACGUCCUGACCAGCCAAUGUCUGGACAAGCAGCUUGGUAUCCAGCAGCUUGAGGCCGGUAUCCGAAGGAUCGAGGCCAACAUCAAGGCCGCUGGAGGUAACUGCACCGUCAAGAUGGCACCCAAGGCCGUUACCGAGCACGAUGAUGCUAUUCUCCAGGAGCUUAUGGAGAAGCGUGAGCGUGAGAACCAGGAGGUUAGCGGAGAUGAGAGCGGCUCUGAGAGCGACGAGGGCGUGCCCGAGUAAAGGAAUAACCCGACGUACAUCGGCGUUGUCGACCAGUUCAAAAGGCAAAAUGUGGAGGAAGGACUGGGCAAAAAUGGAUAGAGAAAAUCAUGCACAUUUUACGCGAUCAAUGGAAAAGACAAAGGCUUGAUGACUCCAUGUAAGUGCUAUCAGGCAUGAUUGCAGUCAGAAAUUGCCUUUCCACCAAGGCCAGUCACCUGCACCUCGAGUCCGGGUUCUAUCCACGAGCAGGCAUAAUGCCAUUUGGCAAACCAUGUUCCGGCAUUUUAUUUGAAUGUACGGUGUGAGAUGCAACUUUCUGAUGUAUAUAUGGUGUGAUGCAACCGAGAUGUUCAAUGCCAAUGAUGCUUCUAGAGAUAUUUCUGAUUUCAUAU